AUGGAAACACAGCAGAACACCUCGGUCCUCAAGGAGGGAUUUCUAGUGAAGCGGGGUCACCUGGUUUUAAACUGGAAGGCUCGCUGGUUUGUACUGCUGCCAGAUAAGCUUAUGUAUUACAAAUACGAGGGUGGGAAAAAGGAUUCCUCUAAGCGUGGAACGAUUCCUCUGGCUGGAUGUGUGAUCACCUGCCCAUUCUUAGAGCAUGAAAACAGACCGCUGGUGCUGAGGCUCCAGACACACACGUCGGAUCAGUACUUCCUGGAGGCCUGCUCGCGGGAGAAGCGUGACGACUGGGCCGCCUGCAUCAGGGCAGUGGUGGAGAAGCUCCGCUGUGCUAACGGGGAGUCUUCAGGCCCCGAGAGCCCAGUCCAGCCACAGCGCAAAGGCUCCAGCUCCCUCAAGCUCCAUAAUGUCAACCUCAGUGAGGUGGUGGACGCCAUGUAUGAUGUGCACAGUGGAAUCAGAAUGACCAGUCACGUGGAACAUGGCAGUUCAUUCAGCAACUGCUUCUCUGGUUCUGCUGUGGUGGACUGGCUGGUGUUCAUGCAGAUGGCUCUGACGCGGGUGGAGGCGGUGACGCUGGCCUCGGCGCUGCUGGAGGAGGGCUACGUCAGGGCCAUUGGGGUGCGCAGUGUGGAGGCCCUGCGCAACGUGGCCCUUGGGGAGCAGUUUCUGGACGACUCCACAGCCCUCUACAGCUUUUCCGAAAACUUCAAGAAGAGGGGCAGCGUGAAAGCAGAAACAUCUCUGUCAGCCCUGGAGCUCAGUGGCAAAGUGAAGAAGAGAGGUUUCCUACUGAAACAGGGACACAAAAGGAAGAACUGGAAAGUGCGGCUGUUUGUGCUGAGAGCAGAUCCAGGGUACCUACACUACUAUGACCCUACCAAGGAUGACCUCAACCCUGUGGGCGGCUUCUGUCUGCGGGGCUGCCUGGUCUCUGCUUUGAACGAUAGCGGUGUGCCCUCAGGUGUGAAGGGGAAGGUCCAAGGCAACCUCUUUAAGAUCAUCACUCAGUCAAACACAGAUUACUACAUCCAGGCCCCAUCCAAGCAGGAGGAGAUGGACUGGAUAGAGGCAAUCAAGCAGCUGACAUGAACUGUAGAACAUGAACUCUAAUGUCGGGCAUGAUUCAAAAUACUGUUCAUUGCAAACACAGAGUAUCCAUAGAUACUUUUAAAGUAGGUGUCCAUUAUCAUUUCUGCUAUUGGAGGAGGAUAUGAUUCAAUCUUUGGAAUUUCUUUAUACUGUACAUUUUACAGUGACAAUGACUACAUUCAAUGAAUGUUACAAGCAA